AUGCCGUACUCGAAUUACUUUGACAAUCCAUAUCUCAGCGAUGUCUUCGACCCAGGUCCUGACUACACAUUGAACUCCUUCUUUGACUCGGACAACUUCUUCAGUCAACCGACCACAUCCAUCGAGGGCGCCUCGAAUACCCAGCCCAAAUCCCAAAGGACAACAGCCUCCAAGUUACCGGUGACUAUACUGCCAUCUUCGAGCCAUCAACAGUCCUACCCGCAAACUUACAAUCAACCGCAAUUUGGGCAAUUCGAGCAAUACAGGGGUGAUUUCUCCAUACAUCCCACACCACCACAAGCCGGCGAGCAUGAUUCUUUCUCGCCCAUAACAACAGUAACGACAUCACAUUCCUCAUCACACUCAAGCGAUGCACCACACCAAGCCGUCUCCCCGUCGCUAAGUCCCCACACGCUAAAGCGCGAAUCCCCAUCGUCGCCUGCAUCAGCGUCGGAGUCUUCGACACCAAAACGACCAACCAGGAAGCGGGGUCGCCCGAGGAUGAGCCGCAGUAGUACCGACAGCCAGCUUGCUGCAACAUCGCCUACUCUAAAAAGCCAGACUUCAAGGCGCCAGCCGCACAAUCAGGUCGAACGCAAGUACCGUGAAGGACUCAACUCGGAGCUCGAAAGAUUACGGAGAGCGGUACCUUUACUUCGGCAAAAUGACGGAACAAGUUCAAUUGGACAACCGAAACCGAGCAAAGCGACCAUUUUAGCCAGCGCUAUUGAUUAUAUUCAGGCGAUUGAGAAAGAGAGGGAUGCGCUAAGGGCUGAGGUCGAGCAAUUACGGCGAGAUCAAGCAGGCAUGCUGCAGAAUUCAGAUGGGAGAAAUCCGUGCCUGAAUGAAUAUCUCAUGGAUUCAUAA